UCUUCAGACCUGAUUCAAACUGAAGAUGUUUCUCACCAGGUCUCUUUGACUUUGGUUGAACUUGGUGGAAAUGUUACUUUGAAAUGUCCAGUUUCUGAGAAGGACGUCAAAACCUUUAACUGGUACAAGCAGCCUCUUGGAUAUAUGGUCCAAACAGUAGCUACUGUUUUUUAUGGAAAAAUGUCAAUUAGUGAGGAAUUUAAUAACUUACGGUUCACAGUAACAAAAGAGAACGCUCAGUAUUUACUCACCAUCACAAAUAUCAGCAAAGAGGACGAAGCAACAUACUUUUGUCUCAGUGGAAAUACCUAUUCAAUAAUUCCUGUUAAUGGCAUCUUUUUGGCUGUGAAAGAUCAUAAUGAGCAGAAAUCUCUCUCCGUGAAACAAAGUCCGGAGACUGAGUCGGUCCAGCCGGGCGGCUCAGUGACUCUCCAGUGUUCACUUCUCUCUAAGAACAAAGAGAACAGAGUCCAGUGUCCAGGUGAACACAGUGUGCACUGGUUCAGAUCUGGAUCAGGAGAAUCUCAUCCAAGCAUCAUUUACACUCACAGUGAUAAACAAGAAGAAAGAAGUUGUGACUACAGUCUGUCAAAAACUAUCCAGAACUCCUCUGAUACUGGGACUUACUACUGUGCUGUGGUCACAUGUGGAGAGAUCCUGUUUGGUGAAGGAACCAAAGUGGAGACAAGAUCAAAACUGGAACCAGUUGUCAUCGUGCUUGGAGUCCUGUUGGCCUGCUGUGUGACUGUGAUUGUCUUCUUUAUUUUUUACGUAAAUCGAAGGAAAGUUUGUGAACAUUGCAAAG